AUAAAUAUUCUCGCCUAUCGAAUGAGGUGAUAUAAUCUGAGAGCCUUUGACAUGGGCUCAUAAAACCUUAUAAGAGAAAAUUUAUUAAAAAAUUAAUUUAUAGCAUGAUCAGAAUUUUAAUAUCUAUGCUUUAACGUUAAAUAUCAUUUUGUUUUAGAUAAAUAUUUCAUUUUUUUAAAUAGGAGAACCUGUCUGUUCUCUUAAUGACCAAAGUAAAGUACCUUACGAUUGGGUACCAAAUCAACACCUGGAACCUCAGCCGGAUAUUUCAAUUGGUGAAAUUUUGAUGGAUAAUCCAUGUUCGUAUGAAUCAGUUAAAAGAGUUAUCAAAGAAAUACGAAAAACUAGCGGAGUGACAGAAGAUAACUUAAAAACAUGGUGUAUUAUGGGAUGCGACGGCCUUCCCUAUACGCUAGGAUCGAGACUAAUUGAAAAAAAUAAAGAUAUGCAAAAUAUCUUACUUAUUCCCGGACACGGGCACAUAGAGAUGAAUGUGGUAAAAGCUGCUUUUAAGUUACUGUGGGAGCCCAUUCUACAGGACUUAAGUAAGGAAUGUGGUUUCAAGUCACCAAGGGCACAAGUUGCGGCACAAUCGUGUACUGAUCACCACAAAUCAUACAUGCUUUUGGAAAUAAUGUUUGAAAGUGCUUUGCAGGAGAUCAUGACAACUUUUAUCAUAAAUAGUGUGCAGAAUUCAAUAACACCUAACAUAGCCACUUUUUUUGAUUAUAUAAAAUCUUCAAAAGACAAAAAUUAUAGAUUUAUGUGUGACGCAAUAAUAAACUUUAUUUUUCCAAUAUUUCUAUAUAGAGCCGGUGUUAGGAGAAACAAUUUCGGAUAUAUAUCUGCAGCUAAAGCUAAAUUUUUUAAACUAUUUUUUUCUGGUGGAAUGAAAAAUUAUCAGCAACUUAUUAUGAAAGAUAUUAAAACAUACAUCCUAGCACCUCCAGAAGUGAAGCAUUUCUUACAGAAAACACAAUUGUUUACUGGUAAAUCUACUGUGUUCCCUUAG